AUGAGGGAGGAGACACAGGAGGGAGAGAGAGCAAGAGAGACAGAAAAAGAUGCUCUGCAGAGGAACAGUAGACACAACAAGGAGGUUACUCCAGUAAUCCAGGGUGAUGUCAAAUUCAGUCCUAUAGCUACUGAUGGGCCCAUGGAGAAAGAGACCGGGAACCCACUGUCUGGCUCUCUCUCCCCCAGUGUUAGCCCUAACAUGGAUCCCCCUGAGGAGGAUGAAUGGGCACCAGUAGAGGCCUAUCUGUACAAUGGAAAUGCAACCCUCCUUGCCCAGGCAAAUUGUUCAAGGGCUUACCGUCUGCCUGCCCUGCAGGGCAUCCCUGCUGGACUUCGUCCUUACCUAAGCCCUGCUCUGGCUGCUCUUACCAAUGCUGCGAACUUCCUCAACAUGAUCUUCCAGGCAAAUGAUUUACGGGAAAGCAGUGUGACAGAGGAUAUGGAGUGGUACCAUGCCCUAGUUCGAGGUCUUCUGGAGGGUGAUGCGCUCAUCCGUCGGGCCCUUCUUACCUUUGAUGCCCAGCCUGCUGCCUCUCACCCUCAGCUGGUUCUACGGGCCUCACGCACUUCCUCUAUGUCCCAAGACAUCUUGCUGCAGGACCUGUCUGCUUCAUGGGAGUUGAUGCACCCUCCACCCCCUGCACCAAAUGCUAGCUGGUUCACUGCCCUCAAGUUUCCCGAACUACCACAGCAGGCACCAUCCCUUUCUAAGCGAUUGCUCCUUAAUGACCUGCGCACCUUGGCUACACCCAAGUGGGGCAGAGGAGACAGCUAUAUAACACACCAAGAUGGAGUACGUUGGGCUGAUGCACCCUUUCUUGAGUGUGAGGGUGGGCGAUUUGUGCCUGACUGGUUACUCACACUCUCAACAUCCUUCUAUGGCCUCAAGCCUGAUCUUAGUCCAGAAUUCAGGGGGGUGAUCCGUGUGGAUGUAAGUCUACAGAGCUUCGACCUGGACCAGUGUACAAAGGGGAAGGAUUGGUUUUCUAACACACACCAGUGCAACCAUAAUAGUAUGCGGUGUGAACCAACCAAUGGACAGGGCUUUCGCCUGGGACAGUAUCGCUGCCACUGCAAAGAGGGGUACUACAGCCCAACUGUCCCUCAGGAAACACGUGACAGUGCUUCACAUUCAAGUGGGCUUUGUGCCCCUGUCCUGCCUGUAUGUCUGCCCUGUUGGCCGGGCUGUUUGCAUUGUGAGGAUGGCUCCCCCUGCAGGGUACAAGAGGACUGGUACCUGCGAGCAGCCGUGUUGACUGUGCAGGGAUUCUUUAUGUUUCUUGUCUUCAUCAGUAUGCUUGUAGCAUACCAAUUCCGCAGGAACAAGAGAAUCCGUGCAUCAGGUUUGUUACUGUUGGAGACCAUCCUGUUUGGCUCAGUGCUUCUGUACUUCCCUGUAUUCAUCCUGUUCUUUAAGCCCAGUAACUUCCGCUGUAUCUUACUUCGUUGGGUUCGACUGCUGGGUUUUGCCAUUGUGUAUGGCACUGUGAUACUGAAGAUAUACCGAGUGUUGAAGGUGUUUCUGUCACAUACGGCCCAGAAGAUACCCGACAUAUCCAGCAUGCGGCUGUUUAGGCUGCUGGGGGUUAUUGUGCUGACAGUCUGCUGGUUCUUGUCUGCGUGGACGGCUGGAGUACUACAGAAUCGUGACCGCAAUGUUCCCUUGCUGAUUACCUCCACCACAUCAGAAGGGCAGAGCUUCAUCCUGUGUGAUUUGGACCGUUGGGACUACAUGAUGGCCAUAGCGGAGGUACUGUUCCUGUGCUGGGGUAGCUUUCUGUGCAAUUCUGUGAGGAUCGUCCCCUCUGCCUUUCAUGAGCCACGUUACAUGGGCAUCGCCAUCCACAAUGAACUGCUGCUCUCAUCCAUCUUUCAUCUGUUCCGAUUUGCCAUGCCCUCACUGCACCCAGACUGGAUGCUGCUGCUGUUUUUCAUCCACACACAUGUCACUGUGACGGUGACACUUGGCCUGCUCUUCAUUCCUAAGUUUCUGCAUGUGUCACAGCCACUACGGGAGGAGAUAGCAGCAGAGGUGUAUGAGGAUGAAGUGGAUCUGCAGCGCUCUGGUUCCUACCUCAACAGCAGCUUUACAUCAGCCUGGAGUGAACAUAGCCUUGACCCCGAUGAUAUUCGGGAUGAGCUGAAGAAGCUGUAUUCCCAAUUGGAGAUACACAAGACCAAAAAGAUGACUUCAAAAAAUCCUCACUUGCAAAAGAAACGCAUUUCUCGGCGGACUCUAGGACGUUCAAUUAUGAAGUGCAUAACAGAAAUACCAGAAUCAAAGAACCAUCAGUGUAUCCAUGAGGACCGGGAGGGAUCAAUGGUUAUGGGAGGAGGUGGCCACUCAGGGUCAUCCAAUAAGAAGGUUCUCUCAAUUUACAAAUCCCAGGGCAGUUAUGACUAUGUGAGAGAUCAACAGUUCUACUCUAGUGACACUACGGAUCCACCCACAAUGCUGGAGUCUUUAAUGAGAAAGAGUCUGUCAAAAAAGUGUUCUGUGCAUUCUGACACGGAGUCUGUGGAUAAUGCGCCACUGGUGUACAAAUCUGCUAGUGCCCACAACCUUUCAGCUGACAAAAAGUCACAUAUUGAGCCCAACAAGUUACAAAAGUCACUGAGUGUCAUGACAAGAAAUAACAUGUCCACUUCUUUGCAUCCCUGCAAGACGAGCAGUCUUCAAGACACCUCACAUAGCAGAGCAAACCUUUGGGAGAGAGAUCAUUCAGAAUAUCGUGCCACAAUCAGUAGAGAAACUACAAAUCCUCUUCUGACUGGCGCAUUUGAUAAAGAAGUCUGCCCCUGGGAGCUUGAAGAUCACCUCCGUGAAAAGAUUCAGAAGCAUAGCACUUAUGCUUUGUCUCAAGACAAAAGCACUACAGAGAAAGUAGAAACACCUAGCAGCCAGCAAAGUUUGAUUUCCCCUUGGGACAAUUUACCACAUGAUCUUCCAAGAGAUGGCACUAUGCUGUCAGGAGAGGAAAUGCAGAAGGGUGAGAGUAAAAGAGGAGAUCCUGUUAGAAUUGAAAAUGAGGAAUCUGACUCUGAAUUUAAGCUUCCGGUCUCAUCCAGUGCACCCGGUUCUCCUAUCACUGUCCAUGUGAGACUGAAAGAGCUUCCAGUCUUAUCCUGUUAUGGCCCCCCUCGUAGCUUUAGCCUCUCUGUAAAAGGCUUAGUGAGGUCUAGGAAAGCUAGUGGAAAGGAUAAGAAAAAAUAUGGUUCGGAUCGUAAGGUUGUCUCCCCUGUGUCACUCAAGACAGUCCCCACAAUGAAGAAUGUGCCCUCGAAGCAUGACAAAGACCAAGCCUACAUUCUAAUUCCAAAUAAAUCACCUGUACAGAAACAGCAAAGACAUGUGACAAAUGAUAGCUCCUGGGAAAUGGAGGGCACUAAGCCAUCUCUCGUUAAGCAGGCUGCAAUCAGAGUGUCCUCCAGUGAGUCCCAGGAGAGAGACACAAAAAAACAGAAGAGCAUUUUAGUAGAUGUCUGUCCCUGGGACGUAGAGGAACCAAAGACGACAACAAAAAGGCAGAAGAGUCUACGUACUGACAUCUGCCCUGGGAAAACACAAGACAUUCCUAGGUCUGGUGACCAAAUUUUUCCAAUUCAGACAAGUGCUAAGGCAGAGGUAUGCCCCUGGGACAUUCCUCAGUCAAGCCAACAAACACCAAUUAAACAGCACAGCAUCAUAGCAGAGAUUUGUCCCUGGGAUGUGGAAGAAAGAAAUGGAGGAGCCUGA